AUGAACUUGGGAGGUUUCUGUCAAUCUCUACCAAAAGUGGAACUUCACGCUCACUUAAAUGGAUCCUUAAGCACGGAUACAUUAAAGAAAUUAUACAAACUGCAAAAUCCUAAUUCAGAAGGUUGUGAAAACAUAGUUAUGAAUGUCGAAAACCUUUCGUCAUUAGGCGAAUGUUUCAAAGUAUUUGACAUUGCACAUUCAUUAACAGUAACACCAGAAGCAGUCUUUCAUUCUACUUACAACACAGUUAAAGAAUUCAAAGAAGAUAAUGUGAUAUAUUUGGAACUUAGAAGCACUCCUCGUGCUGUUCAAGGAAAAAUGACAAAAGAAGAAUAUAUAGAAGCAAUUAUAGAAGCAUUCGAAGUCUGUCAGACAGAUUUUCCAAGUAUAUUAACAAAGUUACUACUUUCUAUUAAUCGUAAACAAGGGUACAAGGCAGCCCAAGAGAACAUAGAAUUAGCAAUACAUUUCUCUAAGAAAUAUCCACAAUAUAUUGUAGGACUUGAUCUCAGUGGAGAUCCAAUGACAGGAGGUGCAUUUCUUGAAUUAUUAAAAAAAGCUAGAGUGGCUGGUCUUAAAAUUGCAGUUCAUUGUGCAGAGGUUUCAAAUGAAACAGAAACAAUGGAUAUUCUUGAAUUCAAACCAGAUAGAUUAGGACAUUGUACUUGCAUUCAUCCCACUUUGCAAGGAUCAGAGAGAUUAUUUACUAUGCUUCUUAAUUCGAAAAUUCCUGUAGAAUUAUGCUUAACAUCGAAUGUUCAAUGUAAAACAGUACCUGCAUAUGAAUCUCAUCAUUUUAAAUACUUACACGAAGCUGGACACCCUGUUUGUCUUGCUACCGAUGAUAAAGGUGUUUUUCAUACAUCUUUAUCCCAGGAAUACGAAAUAGUUAGUUCAACGUUUGGUUUAGGAUACGAAGAACUCGUGAAGCUCUGCCAAUCGUCCGUACAAUACGCUUUUGCCACGUCAGAAGAGAAACAAGCCAUGUUGUCUAAGAUUGAAAAUUUUAAUCAUAAAAUGUGUGAUAACAUGAAUUAA